CAGCCAUCCCGUUACGUAAGAAAUUGAAUAUUUUCACUUCUCGCGCUAUUUCACCGCAGCGGAUAGGUAGCUAGCCAGGGACGUUGGGCUCUUUGUGUGAGAUGGGGGACGAUCGACCUUUUGUGUGCACCGCCCCAGGCUGUGGCCAGAGAUUUACUAAUGAAGACCAUCUAUCGGUCCACAAACACAAGCAUGAGAUGACCCUGAAAUUUGGUCCUGCCAGAACUGACUCCGUCAUCAUUGCAGACCAGACCCCCACACCCACCCGCUUCCUGAAGAACUGUGAGGAGGUGGGUCUGUUCAAUGAGCUGGCCAGCUCCUUCGAGCAGGAGUUCCGGAAGGCCCAUGAGGAUGACCAAAGGAACAAAAACCCGCUCACGGCCCCCCAGCUUCCGGCCCCACCCCUACAGACCCCCUCUGGGGUGAAAGAAGAGGAUGAGGGGCCUCUGGAGGUCGACUCCUCCCCCCCAGGCAGUCCUGACUCCACCUCCAGCAUGUCGGACAGCAGCAAAGAGCCAAUGGAGACUCCUCCACGGCCGGUGGUAAGCUCUGCCCCCACGCCAACUAUCGUACGCCCAGGGUCCCUUCCCAUUCACCUUGUUUACGACCCCCUGCACCCGACUCUGCCCUCGCCAACCUCUGUCAUCACACAAACCCCGCCCUCCAACAGACAACUGGGCUCUCCGACAGGUUCCUUCCCGCUGGUAAUGCAUCUCCCCAACGGACAGACAGUCCCUCUCCUCCCCAGCCCAAAUAUGACCUCGGUCAUAUCUCUGGCGAGGCCGUUUAAUUUGGUGCCCAACAUCCCUGGGAUUCCAGGCCCUCCGAUUGGUGGGACCAGCAGUGGCUCCUCCUCCCCAUCUGGGUAUAGUCUACACUCAGAGGCCAAGAUGAGGCUGAAGGCAGCGCUGACCCAACAACAGCAGCAGCAUGGCCCGGGGGCUCAGAAUGGGGCUGGAGAGGGCCCAGGGGGGGCAGGUUCCAGCCCCAUUGUCCCCCAGAGACAUGAGCAGAGCCAGCAGCCCUCGCAGCACUCUGACACACCCUCUCCCGCACAGCCACAGCAAACCAGCAGUGGCUCCUCCUCUCCAUUUGGGUAUAGUCUACAUUCAGAGGACAUGAUGAUGUCCCCAGCCCAGCCCACAGGUGGUAGGAGGCGGCGGGGUGCGGAGGUUGACCCAGACGAGAGGAGGCAGCGCUUCCUGGAGAGGAACAGGGCGGCGGCUUCUCGCUGCCGACAGAAACGCAAGGUGUGGGUCGGCUCUCUGGAGAGGAAGGCAGAGGACCUGGCUACCAUGAAUGUUUCUUUGACCAAUGAAGUGGGUCUGCUGAGGAACGAGGUGACCCAACUGAAACAACUGCUGCUGGCCCACAAAGACUGCCCUGUCACUGCCAUGCAGAAGAAGUCUGCCUACGUAGGAUCAACCUCCAACUCAUCCAUCUAAUCUAUUGCUUGCCUCUCACCUCUCUUUAAGGGUGAAUGUUUCUCUCUCUGUCUGUAGCUGCAGGAGUAGAGGAGAACUCCAGGGACCCCCCCUCUGAGCCUAUGGGUUCCCCAGCCCCGGUUAUCCAGCACGGGCCUUCGCCCCUUGCCCCCAGCCCUGGGGCCAUCACCGUCAACGGGCUGAGCGUCCGCGCGGCUGAGGCAGUAGCCAUGUCGGUCCUGGCCGGCAUGGGGGCGGCCCAGCAGGGAGGGGUCCUCAUGGCCACACAGCCGCAGCCGGCCCCCAGAUGAUGAGCAGGCGCAGGGAGCCAGUAAGAACUCUACAUUGGGCUUUACGAGGCUGGACUGGCACAAUGAUGUGUGCAAGAGAUUGAAAGAGAGAAAGGGACCUGAUUUGAAAUCUGUUGAUAGUACUUCUCACUCCCCUCCCCAUCUUUCUCCAUCCUACGCUCUAUGACCUUGGACACACUUGAUAGCCUCACAGCCAAUGAUAAUCACUGAACAGACUGAGUAGUCCUGCCUCUUGGGCCCAUUUUCUGAUUGAUCCUAGCUUGGAUGCACUGUCACUGUCUACAGUUGAAGUCGGAAGUUUACAUACACUUAGGUAGGAGUCAUUAACUUGUUUCUCAACCACUCCCAACAUUUCUUGUUAACAAACUAUAGUUUUGGAAAGUCAGUUAGGACAUCUACUUUGCAUGACACAAGUCAUUUUUCCAACACUUUUUACAGACAGAUUAUUUCACUUAUAAUUCACUGUAUCACAUUUCCAGUGGGUCAACUUCAGACACUAAGUUGACUGUGCCUUUAAACAGCUUGGAAAAUGUCAAAAUUAUUUAAUGGCUUUAGAAAGCUUCUGAUAGGCUAAUUGACAUCAUUUGAGUCAAUUGGAGGUGUACCCGUGGAUGUAUUUCAAGGCCUACCUUCAAACUCAGUGCCUCUUUGCUUGACAUCUUGGGAAAAUCAAAAGAAAUCAGCCAAGACCUCAGAAAAAAAACAAAAAGACCUCCACAAGUCUGGUUCAUCCUUGGGCUCAAUUUCCAAACGCAUGAAGGUACCAUGUUCAUCUGUACAAACAAUAGUACGCAAGUACCAACCACCAUGGGACCACGCAGCCAUCAUAACGCUCAGGAAGGAGACGUAUUCUGUCUCCUAGAAAUUAAUGUACUUUGGUGUGAAAAGGGCAAAUCAAUCCCAGAACCACAGCAAAGGACCUUGUGAAGAUGCUGGAGGAAACGGGUACAAAAGUAUCUAUAUCCACAGUAAAACGUCAUAACCUGAAAGGCCGCUCAGCAAGUAAGAAGCCACUGCUCCAAAACCGCCAGACUACAGUUUGCAACUGCACAUGGGGACAAAGAUUGUACUUUUUUGAGAAAUGUACUCUGGUCUGAUGAAACAAAAAUAGAACUGUUUGGCCAUAAUGACCAUUGUUAUGUUUGGAGGUGGAGAUGCAAGCCGAAGAACACCAUCCCAACCGUGAAGCAUGGGGGUGGCAGCAUCAUGUUGUGGGGGUGCUUUGCUGCAGAAGGGACUGGUGCACUUCACAAAAUAGAAAUUGUGGCAAAAUGGCUUAAGGACAACAGUCAAGGUAUUGGAGUGGCCAUCCCAAAGCCCUGACUUCAAAUCCUACAAACCUGACACAGUUAAACCAGCUCUGUUAGGAGGAAUGGGCCAAAAUUCACCCAACUUACUGUGUGAAGCUUGUGGAAGGCUACCCAAAAUGUUUGACCCAAGUUAAACAAUUUAAAGGCAAUGCUACCAAAUACUAAUAGAGUGUAUGUAAACUUCUGACCCACUGGGAAUGUGAUGAAAGAAAUAAAAACUGAAAUAAAAAAAUCUCUGCUAUUAUUCUGACAUUUUACAUUCUUAAAAUAAAGUGGGGAUCUUAACUGACCUAAAACAGAGAAUUUUUGCUAGAAUUAAAUGUCAGGAAUUGUGAAAAGCUGAGUUGAAAUGUAUUUGGCUGUAAACUUCCAACUUCAACUGUAUAUAGAAGUGUAUGUACAUACUCACACACCCGUGACAUAUACACACACCCGAUCAAAGAAUGUAGUUUUUGUUGUCUAUUUCCAAUUCUUCUCUCCCCUUUCUACAGUGUAAAUCUCUCCUUACAUAUUUAUCUUGUUUAUGCAGAUGUUAAUCCUUGGGAAAUUCUUUAUCAUCUUUAGGGCUGAAUAAGUGUGAAAUAUUGUGUGUGCAUAUUGUUUUCCCUUUGUCAUGGAGUGAGCCAAAGUAAGGAUACAGUCAGUGUCUGGCCUUUUUUUGACCUCGUAGGAAUUCUGCUUUCUGGCAACGUGUAUGAAACUACUUAUUGACUGCAUGGAUAUUAGAGGACACUGAUGAAGACCACUGUCUGUGUGCUGGUGUCUGUUAAUAUUAUCGCUGGUUUUAACAUACUGAUUUUCAAAUGACUGAUGCAAACAACAAUGACAAUGUCCUAAUGUAACACUUGAAAUGGUUAGGUAUUAGAUUAUACUUUGUAAUAAUCAGCAAACUCUUCAUUAGAUAAAUCAUUUACCCAGGCUAAAGUUAGUUGAAGAAAAAGUAGUGCAAUAUAUUUUUAUAUUCAAUAUUAAUGUUCAUGCGUUUAGCCAAAGCAUGUUUAGUGAAGUCAGUGGUAGAAUGGGUUGUUCUAAUUCAAUGAAAAUGGUUGAAAUUCUAGGUGAUCAAAGAAAAUGCAUAUCUGGAUUAGGGAACAUCUAUAUUGAGUUAUAGAUCAUGUCUUGGGCUCGGAUGCUUUACCCCACUUGAAAAACUACUGUCUAUUGGAAUAUCACUUUUCUAAGACUCUUAAUUUGAAUAUGGCAUGAAAUGUCUGUGAGGGAUGUCCUUUUAUGUUUUUACCACUGUCAUUUAGCUUUGGGGAAUACCAUAUUGUUUAUUUCCUCAUCUCUUUGUAUAUAUAUGUUUUUUAACAUAUCAAUAUUUUAAAAUGUAAUUUUAUUGCUGUAGCUUCUCCACCCUGUCAUGUUACCAGUCCCCUCAUGUUCUGUCAAGAGGAGGGAAAUGUCUAUCUUCAACAGUGUAACCUCUACAAACUAUUGUGGAAAUUGAUUGUCUCUAAGAAUGUGUUGAGGGAGUUUUCCCAAAAAUGUAUUCCACCUUAAGGCGGGUGAAAUGAACUUGUGCAUAGUCUCAACUAAUAAACUAUCUCCAGCAAAAUAAAUAA